AUGCGAACGUUGUUUCGGGCUGGUGAUUCGCAGUUACUGCGAAAUAUUAGUAACUGGCUCACAGGUGCAGCUGUUGACUGGUAUUUACAGCUUUCCCAAGGUCAUCAUUUGCCGGAUACGUGGCACGAGUUUAAAAAGUUGUUCUUGUCUCGUUUUCGUAGUCCUGAAAGGAUAGAGGCUUUGAAAAUUGAACGUAGCCGUUGCGUUCAAAAAGAAAAUGAAACAGCAGCUGAUUUCUAUCAAAGAUAUUUGGGAUUAAAUUUGGAAAUUAAUCCAAAACCAAAAGAAAAUUUACUAAGAAAAUAUUUUCUUCGAAAAUUGAGACCGGAACUUGUUCUUUGGAUGAACACUUAUAGAUAUCCAGAAACAGUUACGUUUUAA